UACCACGUCCACACAUAACCAAACCCCAACCUCAACUUCUACAAGAUACCAUCCACCAAGUUUGGGAGCUACUCGUCCGAACUCUCCUGAGACCAAAUAACAGAACAAGCUUCAUUUUUAAGGUUAAAAUCUGUGUUGGAGAACAUGGGAACAAUUUUAUAUAGUAGUUGCAGCUUUUCUUGGAGAUAUCACCAGCAGAUAGUUCCCUCUAAUAAUUUGCUUGCACAUUCUGCACUGGAAAAUGGGAUUUCUAGAGCAAAAGUUGCUGCUUGUUCAGGAGAGAGUGGAUUGGUUGUUGAAGAAGUUGAGAAAGGCUCCGGAUUUAUGAACAGAAGAUCAGUUUUGGUUUCUGGGACUUCUUUAAUCUCCUCGGCAAUUUUGGGUUCUGCAAGAGAGGGGCUGGCUGUGGUCAAACAAGGUCUUCUUGCUGGGCGGAUACCUGGCCUGUCCGAACCAGAUGAACAAGGUUGGAGGACAUAUCGCAGGCCAGAUGAGAAGUCUGGAGGGCAUGGUGUUGGAUGGAGUCCGAUCAUCCCGUACGCAUUUUCUGUCCCUCAGGAUUGGGAAGAGGUUCCAGUAUCGAUCGCAGAUCUUGGUGGCACUGAAAUUGAUUUGAGAUUUGCUAGCUCAAAGGAAGGACGCAUAUUUGUUAUUGUUGCUCCUGUUCUUAGAUUUGCAGAUGGUCUUGGAGAGAAUGCUAAAAUCGAACUAAUUGGCCCUCCGGAAAAAGUGAUUGAUGCAUUUGGACCAGAAGUGAUUGGGGAAAAUGUGGAAGGAAAGGUUAUAAGUAUGAAUGUAGCAGAACACUCAGGGAGAACAUAUUAUCAAUAUGAAUUAGAGCCACCUCAUGCUCUUAUUACUGCAACUGCAGCAGGAAAUCGCCUCUACUUGUUCAACGUAACUGCAAGUGGUCUUCAGUGGAAGAGGCACUACAGUGAUUUGAAGAGGAUAUCCGACUCUUUUCGUGUUGUCUAAUUGAAAAUUUUGUGAACAGUGAUUGCGUAAAACUAUUGUUGGAGUAUCUGUAAAGUUUACAACAAUGACAGGAGAAAGAAAAGAUUCAAAAUUAACUAAAAGUUAAAUGUGUUGUUGGAAAAUUGAGUUCCACUUGUGUAUA